CGGGGGUGACGGACGGACGGACGGACGGACGGACGGACGGACGGACGGUACGAGUGGGUCGGUCGGGGAGAGGAUGUGAAGAUGGCGGAGCUGCAGAUGCUGCUGGAGGAGGAGAUCCCGGGGGGGCGCCGGGCCCUGUUCGACAGCUACACGAACCUGGAGCGGGUGGCCGAGUACUGCGAGACCAACUACAUCCAGUCAGCAGAUAAGCAGCGAGCCCUGGAAGAAACCAAAGCCUACACAACGCAGUCGUUAGCGAGCGUAGCCUAUCUGAUCAACACUUUGGCCAACAAUGUUCUCCAAAUGCUGGAUAUCCAGGCAUCCCAGCUCCGGCGCAUGGAAUCUUCAAUCAACCACAUUUCACAAACGGUGGACAUUCACAAAGAGAAAGUUGCUAGAAGAGAAAUUGGUAUCUUGACUACAAACAAAAACACCUCAAGAACUCACAAAAUCAUUGCACCAGCUAACUUGGAGCGACCAGUUCGCUACAUCAGGAAACCUAUUGAUUAUACAAUUCUAGAUGAUAUUGGACAUGGAGUGAAGUGGUUGCUUAGAUUUAAGGUCAGCACCCAGAACAUGAAGAUGGGUGGGCUGCCUCGCACUACACCACCCACCCAGAAGCCACCAAGUCCACCGAUGUCAGGAAAAGGAACUAUUGGGCGGCACUCCCCGUACCGCACGCUGGAGCCGGUGCGGCCCCCGGUGGUGCCCAACGAUUACGUGCCGAGCCCGACGCGCACCAUGGCCCCGGCGCAGCAGAGCCCCGUGAGAACGGCCUCGGUGAACCAGCGCAACCGCACCUACAGCAGCAGUGGCAGUAGUGGAGGAAGCCACCCAAGUAGUCGAAGCAGCAGUCGAGAGAACAGUGGAAGUGGAAGUGUAGGUGUUCCCAUUGCUGUUCCCACACCAUCUCCUCCUAGUGUCUAUCCAGCCCCUGCUGGCUCAGCUGGCACUUCUCCCCUUCCUGCUACCUCUGCUCCUGCCCCCACUCCUCCUGCUCCUCCUGCCCCUUCCUCCGCUGCCCCAGAUGCUGCUGCUGCUGCUGCAGGAGCUCAGCCCCUUGCUGAUGGCUUCACCUCUCCAACUCCCCCUGCUGUUUCUUCCACACCCUCUGCAGGUCACCCGGUUCAGUUCUACAGCAUGAACAGGCCUGCGGCUCGGCACACGCCGCCGACCAUCGGGGGCUCUCUGCCGUACCGGCGGCCGCCUUCCAUCACAUCGCAGACGAGCCUGCAGAACCAGAUGAACGGGGGCCCCUUCUACAACCAGAACCCAGCAUCCCUUGCUCCUCCUCCCCCCUCCAUCCUACAGGUAACUCCACAGUUACCACUAAUGGGAUUUGUGGCCAGAGUUCAAGAAAACAUUUCAGAUACUCCUCCCCCGCCACCGCCUGUGGACGAGCCGGUGUUUGAUGAGUCUCCACCUCCACCCCCACCUCCAGAGGAUUAUGAGGAGGAGGAAGCAGCAGUGGUGGAGUACAGCGAUCCCUAUGCUGAGGAGGACCCUCCUUGGGCACCGAGGACAUACCUAGAAAAGGUGGUGGCAAUCUAUGACUACACCAAGGACAAGGAGGAUGAGCUCUCAUUUCAGGAAGGUGCCAUCAUUUACGUCAUCAAGAAAAAUGAUGAUGGCUGGUAUGAGGGGGUCAUGAAUGGCGUGACGGGGCUGUUCCCGGGGAACUAUGUGGAGUCGAUCAUGCAUUACUCAGAGUGACGACCCGAGGACAGAACACUGCAUCUCCUGCUGCAGGAGCUGUCAGGGCUUCCCAGAUCUCCACCAGCCUCUGGGGCCCCAUCCAGUAUAACUGAAUGAAGGAUAAUUGUAACAACCACUCUUUUGGGUUUGGUUUGGUUUUUUUUUUCUUUUCCCCCCUCAUGAUAAGACAAUAGUGAUUUGAGUUGUUUGAACAAAUGGCUCUUCAGCUGCCAGCAGAGCUAUCCUGAGCUAUCUGACUUUGAAUUAAGCUGACCCAUUCAGAUGUAACAAACUUGUUGAUUAGCUCAUACUUCACUCGAAUUCCGACUUCUGACAGGCCUUGGGAUCUGUCUUGGGAGUCCUGUGUGCCCUCAUGGUACUACCAUUGGAAGCAGUGCCUGGCACUGAGGAUGUCCUGGAUGCUUGUGGUGAAGGUUACUGGCCAGUGGACAUCCCUCCUGUUUCUACACUACACGCCUGUGCAGCUGGAAGAACAGUCACGUGCUAGCAAACACUGGGAUUUCUACACAGAGACGUUCCUGUAACUGACUUCCAGAUAGCUGGAUGCUUCUUUAGCAUAAACACUUCUGCAGCUGCUCUGCACACGUAGGCUGACACAGGGCACACAGAGCCGGCUUUCAUUCACUCACCUUUCAGUUUAGACAAUUCAGAUGGCUGCAGCCCAGAGGAUCCCCACCCCCAUUUCUCAUCUUCUGAAUGCCACAUGUUUGUUUUGUGUUCUGCACUGAUGUAACUGUGCUCCUCUCCACAGCGAGCUCCUUGCCACGGUUGCUGCCGGUUCAAACAGAACUCACAGAUGCCGUUGAUGGUGAAGGCGAAACAAAGUUUACAGGUCCUCCUGGGGUCUGAGGAUUAACUCUAGGGGGUGUGAUCUAAGGUUCAAAUCUAUUCAUGCCUGCUUGCACUAGAGAAACUUGCCCCCAACUUUAGUUUUAUGCACAAUAUAAUCUUAAAAAUCCAAUCAGGUAUUGUAAAUUGGCUAUUUUGUACUUGACGACUAGAUUUGCAUAAGUACUGUGAGAGCCCUGUGCAGAGGCAGGACAAACGGCAAUUGUCGUCUUCAUGUCUGUUGCCAAAAUCUCUU